UUUCAUAUAAUCUAGAAGAUUAUACUAAAUUUUAUAGUUGAAGGGCGUGGUUGUAAUUCCCCAAACAAGAAGGGGAUUUUCGUAAUUUGACCAUACCUUAGGGCGUGGUUGUAAUUUACCCUAAAAAAAUAUCAUGAAUGGAAGGCUUCUGUCUAUUCAGUUUUUGACUGAGAUGUAUGUGUUGAUUUUUUUUUUAUUUUGAAGAAUAAUUUUAGGCAACAAAUUAAGUUUUGUAUCGCUGUUGAUGGUGUUGAGUUAAUGUUUUGCCUAAUCAAUCCGUGCAUUGAUCAUUUGGCUUAUUUGUGAACAAUUGAUAUCAAUAUUCCUUGAAUAUCGUUUAAGUUUUUUGUUAUGAUUUUAGGGUUAAUUGUCAGAUCAAUUGUUUGGAAUGAUUUUCCCGACAUUUUCCUUUCUUCCGAUGACGUGUUUUUAUUUAAUUUUAUUAUUCUAGAAAUAUGGUUCUUUUAGGAUUAUAAUUCCAGAUCUGACAUUUUUAUUCUACCAGUGAAUGAAGGGCGUUUUGUUUAAUUUAGCAAUCUGCUUUAUGCAUAUGAUUUUUUUUUAUUUGAAAAUAAUUUGACCGAUGAGAAUUGAUUUAUCUGUCUUAAUCGUUUGCAAUGGCUGUUGUGGAUAGUGUGAAGGUCAUGCUCACUCUUAACUCCUUGACUAAUGUGAAUGAGUUUAUGGGGUCUGAAGUCCCUAUGACUUGGUCGGUUGAUAACCGGCCAAGGUCUGUAGUGGCCGUGAUUGGUGAUGAUAUGGUCGAGAGUGAAAGAGCAACAUCUAAAGAGUUGUUGUCCAGGAACUUUGACUUAAUUGUGUAUGAUAAACGUUCUGACGGGUUUUCUAUGACUGGUCCAGUUUCUCCAAAUGGAUUUGGCACUUCCUCUGGGUUUGGUACUUUUUCCGGUGUUGGGACUUCUUCUUCCGUUAUGGUUCACAGCCGUUAUCGCCCAAUGAAAAUUGUUGUUGGUUUGGGAGCUGCUGUUGUGGUUGGUAUUCGUCUGUACUUCAAUGAAUCUGCUGCUGGCUAUAUUGCCGCAGCCAAAGCUGGUUGGUGGUUGGUGAAGAAUGUGUAUCGUGGUAAUACAAAAUAAGGUAAAUUACUACCACCCCUUGAGGUAUGGUUAAUUUACGAAAAAACCCCUCUUCUUUGGACAAUAAUUGAAUAUUUAUAUGUUAUAUUUCAUGAAUAUAAGUUCCCUAUAAAUUGAAAAAUGAGGGGGGUAAUGAUAGAUAUAUAGAAGAACCUAGUUCAUCUAAGAUCAGUGUCACCAAUGAGAACUCAGAAGAACCUAGUGGUGAAAUUGGACCUAGAAAAAGUAAGAGAUCUAGAAUUGAGAGAGACUUUUGUCCUGAUUAUUUUGUUUAUAACAUAGAAAAUGAUCAUAUGACCAUUAAUAAAGCUCUAUCAUCCCUUGAUUCUGAUAUAUGAAGAGAGACAUCAAUAAUGAAAUAAAUUCUCCAAUUACUAAUAGGACUUGGAAAUAAGAUGAAUUACGUCCUGAUUGUAAUGCGAUAGGUUGUAAAUGGAUUCUUAAAACGAAGCUUAACCCCGACAGGAUCCAUUGAUAAGAAUAAAGCCAAAUUAGUUGCUAAGGUAUUGAAACAAAAAGUUGAUAGAUUUAUUUGAUACCUUUUCUCCCGUGACUAGAAUUACAUCUAUAAGAGAGUUGAUUGCUAUUGUAUCUUCUUAUUCAUCAAAUGAAUGUGAAAACUGCAUUUUUACAUGGUGAUUUAGAAGAAGAAUUAUAUAUGGAACAACCUAAUGGGUUUGUUCAAUUUGGUCAUGAUAAAAAAAAAAAGGUAUGCAAAUUGAUUAAAUCAUUUUAUGGCCUAAACCAAGCUCCUAAACAAUGGGAUGAGAAAUUUGAUCAUUGCAUGAUUACUCAUGGUUUUAAAUGUAAUGAGAAUGAUAACUGUAUUUGAUGUCUUGAGAAAAAUUGCAUGUUAUUAUAUGUUUAAUUGUUUAUAUGUUCAUGAUUUGCUUAUCUUUGACUCUCAUAUGGAAAUUGUGAAUUUUGCUAAAGCUUUACUUAAAAAUAACUUUGGCAUAAAACAUAUGGGUGAAGCUAAUGUAAUACUUGGCAUGAACAUAACUAAAGUACAUGAAUGUAUAUGUCUUUAUCAAUGGCACUGUGUUGAGAAAUUUUUGAAAAAAAUAUAAUUAUUUUGAUUGCAAUCCUACGUGCAUUCCUUUUAAUAAUGUUGUUAAAUUGUGUCCUACUUUAAGUGACAAUGAUGUCGAAGACAAAAAUUAUAUGCAAGUAUCAUUGGUAGCCUCAGAUAUGCAAUUGAUUGUACAAAGCCUCAUAUUGCUUAUGUUGUUGGUGUUUUGAAUCAAUUCACACAUAGACCUAAUUAUGAACAUUGGAAGCUUUGAGAAGAGUCAUGGGUUAUCUUAAGAGAAUCAUGGACAACAUAAUAUUUUAUAAAUUACAUCCUGCUACCGUUGAGGGUUUCAAUGAUGCUGAUUGGAGUACUGAGUGUGAUAACUCAUUUUGUACCACUGGUUAUGUGUUUACAUUAGGUGAAUAAUCUGUAUGUUGGCGCUUUAAAAAUCAACAUGUUAUAGCUAAAUCCACUAUGGAGGCUGAGUUGAUUUCACUAGCCUCAGCCAGUGAAGAGACAAGUUGGUUGCGAAAUCUACUAUAUGAAAUUUCAAUGUGGAAAAAACCAAUUCCUCAUGUUUUGUUAAAUUGUGAUAGCAAAGUUGUGAUUAACCGUGUGCAAAACAAAUUCUACACUGGUAAAUCAAGAACCAUUAGAAGAAAACAUAGCACUGUAAGGUCAUAUGUGAAUAAUGGUGCUUUGGCUAUUGAGUUUGUAAAAUCGUGCAAUAAUCUUGCGGAUCCGCUUACAAAAUCUCUAGCUAGAGAAAAAAUCUUAAUAGCAUCGAUGGGGAUAAGAUUAAAUCUUAAAAUAUUGUAAAAUUUUUGAUGAUGAUACAACCACCUAGGGACUGGAGAUCCCAAGAGAACUAAGUUGGAGAUCAACGACCUGAAAGCAACUUGAUAGUGAUAAAAGUGCACACUUUUAUAAUUCAUCCCUAUGGUGUGUAUGCACUAUUAAAGCUCGUAACAAAUUGUGAGGUUGAGACUUUGAUCUCUUAAUGAAUCUUAUAGCCGGUAUGCGUGGGGUGUUGGAGUUACGUAAACAUCCUUGACAAAAUUCACCUAUAUGAGUGUGGAAGUGGGGUCGCUUCCUGUGAGAAUUAAAUGUUAUUCUCUAGAGCGCUCACUGAAAAUGGGGUAAGGCACAAGGCCGUCAAUCUGCCGUCUUUAAGAAGCUUAUUCAGGACACUCGAACAUUAUGUGUGCAAUAAUUCUACGUGCCCCAAUGAUCACUGUUUCAAGGCUAAAUCCACUUUGAUUUUAGUACGGAAAAUAUAUUGUACUAAGUGAAGGUUUGAAGGCAUUAUCCACUUUCAUUAUGCAUGAUGUUCUUUACAAGGGGAAGUAGGAGAAGAGGGACUCGAACCCUAGACUUUUUACCUAUUGGUAAGGUUAGGUACCAACUCUCUUGAUGAGGGUUGAAAGCUCCCCUCAAUUACUAAUUUUUCAAUUAUAUUGUACCUAUAUUAUUAUUUCGUCCACCUAAUUAUUAUUAUUUAGUU